AGUACAAUCGUGAAAGUCGCGUGCCCUUGUGCAGGGGGGGGAGGUAAAAGUUACUUCGCGUGGAAAGUUCAACGUUUCUGAACAGGGAAAGUGGUGACACUACGUCUGGCCAAGCUUACCUCGUUGAUGAGGACCUGAGUCAAUAAUAUAUAGAAGAAGAAGACAUAAACAGACAUAAGCUGCACAACCGUCACAUCACAGUAUUACAAGCGUGUGACGAUUAACAACAAUCGACUGUCAUUGAAUAAUAUAACAGUUUUAAAGUUCAUUUUGUACCUAAGUAUUGAGUUUCAGAACUUUGCGAUUAUAAUUAUCACAUUUUGUUUAUCCUUCAUUAGAUGUGAAAGAUGUAAAAGAAGGAAGUGCCGAAAGCGUCCUACCGAACGCCGUAAAAAGAUUUACAUUUUAAUGGUUACAAAUUAAAUUAUAAAAUACAAUGGCACAAAGAAAAUCCAACGUAUGGAAUUUUUUUAAAAUUUGUAGUGAUGAUGAAAGAAAAGCUGACUGUAUCCUUUGCGAAACUACAUCACGAAAGCAAAUUGUAAGAGGAAAAUCACGGAAAUUAUUCUCCACUAAACCCUUAUGGAAUCAUUUGAAAAGUAAACAUCCAUUGACAAUGAAAACCUUAGAUGGGGAAAUAAAUGUCAGUAAGAAUAUUAAAAUUGAAGUAGAUGACUAUCCAAUUUCUGAUCCUUUAUCUACAACAAUAACAUCAAAAUCUUGUGAUCUUUUGUCUACAAUAACCACAGAACCUUGAAGAAGAAAUGUGGUCUUUGGAUGAUUCAAGAUCAAUCAACAUAACUAAAAGGAUUGGUGAAAUGAUGGCUCUUGAUGCAGAAGCAUUCACAUUAGUUGAGCGAAAAGGUUUUGAAAGGUUAAUAAAAUAUUUAGCCCCGCAGUAUCCUCUACCUUGCAGAACAUAUUUUUCUGACAAAAUUAUACCACAGUUGCAUGGAACCUUAAAAACACGUAUUUGUGAAAAAUUAGCUACUGCAACAUACAUAUCAUUCUGUACUGAUAUCUGGACUUGUUCAGCAAACAACGAGGCAUUCAUAAGUUUAACAGCUCAUUUUAUACGAAGUGAUGAUAUGGAAAGAGAAAUAUAUGUUCUCAGUGUGAAACACCUUCCUAGUAGCCAUAUUGGUAUCAAUAUAGAUCAGAUAUUAAAUGAUAUAAUGGAAGAAUGGCAUAUAAGUUCUAAUAAAAUUCAUCUGAUUUUAAGAGAUAAUGUCUCUAAUAUGAUUAUUGGAAGUAGUAUAUUAGGAGAGAAUAUAGGAUGUGUUAUUCACACUUUACAACUUAUAAUUCAUAAUUGUAUUUUUAAAAAUCAAAAGUUCAUUCACAUUUUAAGAAAAUGUCAGAAAAUUAUUGAACAUUUUAAUCAGUCUUCACUUGCUUACUCGAAACUCAGUAGCAUCCAGAAAACUUUGAAAUUGCCAAAUCAUAAAUUUAUCUACGAUGAUACAACACGAUGGAAUUCUACAUUUUAUAUGUUGUCAAAUCUUCAUGAACAACGACAAGCAAUAACUGCAUAUGCUGCGGACAGAGAUAUACCAACUCUUACAGUUAUGCAAUGGAGUAUAGUAGAAAACGUUUUACGUGUUCUCCAACCAUUUGAAGAAAUAACUAAAAUAUUAAGUUCUGAUUGCGAGACAAUUGGAUAUGUUAUUCCAGCAAUUAUUAUUCUACAUUCGUAUCUUUCAAAACGACAAAAAGAUGCUGGAAUAGUAAUGUUGAAGGAAGAACUCAAAAAAGCAAUGGAAGAACGAUUGUUUAAUUCUACAGGAUUCAAAGAUCGAAAAUGUUUUGUACUAGCUACCAUUUUAGAUCCAAGAUUCAAAACAAAGUUUUUGUCAGAUGAAAAUAAAGCCAGACAAUGGAUCAUUACCGAAUUGCUUGAAAUGAAUAAUACAGUCAUCGAAGAUAUAAAUAAUACACAAAGUAAUAUUAGUUCUUUUCAAAAAAAAAAUAUUAGUGAAACACGCGAUGAUAUCUGGAAGUGCUUCGAUGACAUAAUAAACAAUUCAAAAUCAGAUAAUGAUAACAAUUUUGAGGAUCCAUCAAGCGAGACGUUGUUUAAAAACCAACCAAGUGAUAGAACUGAGAAAAUUGCAAUUUACAAUGCUGAAUUAACAAAAUACCUGAUGCUACCUCUAUCACCGAGAAAUGAAGAUCCUUUAAUAUGGUGGAAAACUCAUGUUUUAGAAUAUCCUAAUCUCAAAACUUUGGUUCUAAAAUACUUGAGUGCUCCACCAUCUUCCAUGCAUUCGGAAAGACUUUUCAACGCUGGAAAAUUAGUUUAUUCCGAUAAUCGAAAUAAAUUAUCAUCGAAAAAUGCUGAAAUAUUAUUGUUUAUCAUGAAAAAUUUAUUAAUAUUAAACUUUGAAUACUGA